GGGGCUCGCCGGGUGCUCCUCAGAAGGACUUUUAGGCUGCGCGGCCGGGGCUUGGAUGUGGGCGCCGAAGGGCCGGGGUCUGUGCAGCGCAGCGGGCACCGGCCGGGGCGGGGGCACUUCCCGCAGCACCGCGGCUCGGCGAGUUGUACAUCAUUUCAGCAGAGAUGUCUGAUCUUUCCAACUGCAUACCUGGAGUUGCUUUAUUCCUUCACCGCUCUUUUCUGUAACCACUAAAGUCUUCUUGAGACUGGAACAGAUGACUUAAAUUCUUCCUGAAUGUUCUUCGUCAAAAGUAGAUGUACUGGACUUUCUGGAUGUGCGUAAGGACACAAAGACUGAAGAAGUCCUGAAGAUUGAUGGAGGGCCAUGCUAUUCAAACAGCAGGCGUUGCUGAGACAGAAGCUCUUUGUACUAGGCAGCCUUGCUAUUGGAAGUCUCCUAUAUCUAGUUGCCAGAGUUGGGAGCUUGGAUAGACUGCAGCCCCUCUGCCCCAUUGAUGGUCGAUUUGGACCCCGCAGCCAGGACGAAAUCCAGCUGCGAGCUCUGCAGUUCAAGAGAGGAUUGCUCCAUGAGUUCCGAAAGGGCAAUGCCACCAAGGAACAGAUACGACUGCACAAUCUGGUUCAGCAGCUUCCCAAGGCCAUUAUCAUUGGGGUUCGGAAAGGAGGCACCAGAGCACUGCUGGAGAUGCUGAACCUUCACCCCGCAGUGGUCAAAGCUUCUCAAGAGAUUCACUUCUUUGACAAUGACGAGAACUAUGCCAAGGGGAUUGAGUGGUACCGGAAAAAAAUGCCUUUUUCUUACCCUCAUCAAAUAACAAUUGAGAAAAGCCCCGCGUAUUUUAUCACUGAGGAAGUACCUGAAAGGAUUUACAAAAUGAACUCAUCUAUCAAAUUACUGAUCAUUGUCAGGGAACCUACCACAAGAGCUAUUUCUGAUUACACUCAGGUGCUAGAAGGUAAGGAAAGAAAGAACAAAACUUACUACAAAUUUGAGAAGCUGGCUAUUGAUCCUAAUACCUGCGAAGUGAAUACUAAAUACAAGGCGGUGAGAACCAGCAUCUACACAAAACAUCUGGAGAGAUGGUUAAAAUACUUCCCAGUCGAGCAGUUUCAUAUCGUGGACGGAGACCGGCUCAUCACAGAACCACUGCCAGAACUCCAGCUGGUCGAGAAGUUCCUAAAUCUUCCUCCAAGGAUAAGUCAGUACAAUUUAUACUUCAAUGCCACCAGAGGGUUUUACUGCUUGCGAUUUAACAUUGUCUUUAACAAGUGCCUGGCGGGUAGCAAGGGACGCAUCCAUCCAGAGGUGGAUACCUCUGUCAUUACCAAAUUGCGCAAGUUCUUUCAUCCUUUUAAUCAAAAAUUUUACCAGAUCACUGGGAGAACAUUUAACUGGCCCUAAAUUAAACUUCAUACAACACUUUCUGUUGCACCUGAGACAUGCAAUAAAUGUCUCUGCUAAAAUAUGCACUUUUCAUAGACACAGCUAUCAAAGUAACUUUUUUCAUGCAUACGUGUAUAUAUGCAGUGUGUGACCAAAUAUAUGGUGGGAUCAAUUUUUUCUACAGAGUAGUAACUAACAUAAAUUUACUGUCAGCAUAGUUGCAUCUUUUAAGAUAUAAUAAUAAAGGGAAAGGAGGUAUUUAGGGACAUAAAGUCAGACACCGUUAAAAGGGUCAGUGUUCCUCUCGCUUAGUGAAGUGUUUCUGUGACAUACUUAUUGAUCUAAGCAGAACGUCAGUUUAUGCCAUAAAAAUUCAUGUCAAAAGUCUGUGAAGCUGUGAGAAAACAUAAUCUUCAGGCUAUAUUUGGUAUGUAUAUUGCUAAAGGAAUACUGACACUUUAAACACAGCGCUGAAUUUUUACAACGAGAGUGGAUAGUACUAUUUUCUUAUUAUUUGAAAUUAAUAUCUUAUCUCAUACAAACUACAUUGUUUCAGAGUUCCUGUGGUGAGUUUGCACUAUUGUUUUAUUGUAUGGACCAUAGUGUCACUUGUAGCAUGUCAAUCAUGUGUCAAAAAAAGGUCAAAUAAUUUUUUCUUCUAUGCUUGUGUGUCGGCAAAGCUAAACAUCGUGUACAUAGUGUACAAUGUUUGUAAAUACUGGUUUCACACUAAGUAAUUCUAUUUUGUAAACUGAAUAUGGCUAUUUAAUUUAUUGUGAAAAUUAAAUUUAUUGUGGUAUUUAAAAAUGGAAUGGAUUAAAAUUACCUAUAUGUGCAA